CAUCCGCCGCCGGCGGGAAGGGGCCGGCGCCGCGGCCGGUGUUGGAGCCCAGCUCCCCGCGUCUCUUAGCCGGGGGCCGCGGGCCCCACCGCCGGCCGCAGGAUGCCGCUGGGGCUGAAGCCCACCUGCAGCGUGUGCCGCAGCACGUCCUCCUCCAUGUGGAAGAAGGGCGGGCAGGGCGAGAUCCUGUGUAACAACUGCACGGCCCGCUCCGCGCCGCCCGGGCCCGCCGCCUUCGCCACCACCUCGGCCGCCGCCCAGCACAGCAACGGCGGGGGCGGCGGCGGCGGGAAGCAGAGUAAGCAGGAGAUCCACCGGCGCUCUGCGCGGCUGCGGAACACCAAGUACAAGUCAGCGCCCGCCGCGGAGAAGAAGGUUUCCACGAAGGGCAAGGGGCGGAGGCACAUCUUCAAGCUGAAGAACCCCAUCAAGGCUCCUGAGUCUGUAUCCACUAUAAUUACAGCAGAAUCCAUCUUUUAUAAGGGUGUAUACUAUCAAAUUGGAGAUGUUGUUUCAGUGGUUGAUGAGCAGGAUGGAAAAACAUACUACGCACAGAUCCGUGGGUUUAUUCAGGACCAGUACUGUGAAAAGAGCGCUGCGCUAACCUGGCUCAUUCCUACACAAGCCAGCCCCAAGGAUUGUUUUGACCCAGCAUCCUACAUCAUAGGACCAGAAGAAGAUCUCCCAAGGAAAAUGGAGUAUUUAGAGUUUGUUUGUCAUGCACCUUCAGAAUAUUUCAAAUCUCGAUCAUCUCCCUUCCCUACAGUUCCUACAAGACCAGAGAAGGGCUAUAUAUGGACUCAUGUGGGACCAACUCCUGCAAUCUCCAUUAAAGAAACUGUUACCAAUAAUUUAUAGUUUUUUAAAGGAGUAUUUUGGACGACUAAUUUUGGGUGUAUUCUGAGGUCUGUGAAGCCCAUACAAGAAGUUUAAAAAAACCAUAAAAUCUUAUUUUUACUUUA